AUAAGCCUACUAGCUAGGUUUUAAAAGAAGAUAAGUCAAAAUUAAGCCCUAUCUUCUGUUUUUGAGACAAAAUAGGGUGGGGUGAAGGCUGAAAAGAGGUAGCAUGCAUAUCUCUGCCCUAAUUUCAGCCCAGAGUUCCCGUUCUCUAUCAUAUAACAACGAUAUCUAAGCAUUCAUAAAGUUUUAGAAUGAAUAUGAAUCUAGUAGUUUCAUAAAUUUUCAAGUAAUCACUGAAAUGAUUAUCAAUUUGCCUUGGAAUUUUUAAUAAAAACUACAAAUUUGCUAAAUCCUCAGAAUUAGAGACUCAGGCUUGGCCCAAUAUUUUUAUUCGUCCCCACUUUAUUUUGAUUCAAAUCUGGGCCUUAUUUGACAUAGUAAAAAAUUUUGAACUAAGAAUAGGAUGUUCAAAACAUAUAUACGAGUAAAUAAUUUUAAGGUUAAUUAAUAAUAUUUUGGAAAAUGGAUGAAAAAGAAGAUAGAAAGAGAGAGGGAUGUAAUGAAGACAUUCCGAUGAGAAUCCAGGACUCAGGAGGGAAUCAAAUACAGAAAGAAUACUCCCAGUUGGAUAAUCGUCCCAGACAGGCUAUUGAUGAUGCCUGGAGUGAGAGCGAGCACCGGAAAUUUGUCGAAUGUGUCGGCAAAUACGGUCACUUGCUUGAAAAUUUUGAAAAUGACAUUUACACAAAAACAAGACCAGAAAUAGAGAAAUAUGCAAAGAAAUUCUUCGGGAUGCUUGAAAAUCAAGCAAGGGUCGGAAUUCAAGGUAAUACUAUUCAAGAGCAGACUCAGUUGAAUCAGAAAAAUGGAAAUCUUAUAAAUCAUGGCGCUAAGCCUGACAGCGAACAAAAUAAGAAGUUAUUCGGGACAGAGAGCAUCAAUCAGAAUAGAAAAUCAGCUAAGAAGCUUAAAGAGGAAAUUUAAAGAAUCGGCUAAGCCUCCCCCGAGAAAGUAUAUGAAAGAUAAUGAAGGCAACCACCAAGAAGUAUCUACAGAUCCAGGCACUGUGUAUGUCUGACCUAAUCGGGGCGAAAUCGCUAUUCGAGCUAAUGCUAUUGAGACUACCGUCCAUUGUGAAAUCGAGCAUUUUAAUGAGACCAAUGGAAAAGAGCGAACUCAUAUUUAUCCAAACCAGCAAGUAAAAAUACAUAUUGUUCCUCAGGAUUAUGAUGUGUCGCUAUUACAUAAUGCCUCAAUGUUUCAGAUGCAGUAUCAGACGGAUAUGUACGCAAACCGGAAUAGAAAUUCUGAUAUUACUUUCAAACAAUUUUUGGACGUGAUGGCAAAGAUGUAUUGUCUUAGAGAGUACAACUUUAAUUGUAAUGAAAGCUCUGAAUGCAGGAUGAGUCCUAGUGAUAGCAUCGAACGAGCUCAGAUUAGUGAACCAAAUAAUAGCUCUCAGUCAUCCUCCAAAAAGGUUGAUCAGGAAGAAGAUUCUGGAAGGAGGCAGAGCAAGUCUCUUCCUUUGGACAGGCUAGAGAAAUUGUUUUACUCGAUUGAAAACGUGGAUAAGAAGUCCGAUCCAGGUGAUGAUAAGAAAGGUCUACAAGGAUAAUAUUUAAAAUUGCCAACUAAUCUAAUUUGUC